AUAAUUCAGAAAUCUAUUUAAUUGAAUUGGAUCAAAUUGAAAAAGAAGAAGACUAUAUUAUUGAUCUAGUAGAUGAAAAUAAGAAAAAUGAAAAAAGUAUUGCAAUAUCUAGUAUAUCUUAUAUAAAUACUAAAAGAAGUUACUUAAUCAAAGAAGAUAAAACUAAAAUGAUGA